UUGUUUACCGAGACGGUGGGCCAUUCUUUCGUAUUCCCUUGAGACUUAUCGAUUUUCAUUAGUCACUCAUCUGACAGAAGACAGAAGCAACAUGACCACAGAUUGCGGUGGAAUCCCAAAUGAGGUUCUCCAGGAUAUGGAGAACAAAUUUUCUGCUGAUCCUAAAAACAGAUUAGCACAAAAUGUUUGCUAUACAGCUAACCCAAAACAGAUCUUGAAAAAUCAGUCGAGCCUCAAUAACCAAGUCCAUGUCUUCAGCUGCAAGGUACCCACAGAAGGAAAACCAAUGUCCAAUCAAAAGGCAUCUGGUCGUUGCUGGAUUUUUGCUUGUUUGAAUGCAAUGCGAUGCAGUGUGAUGCCCUCACUCCAAUGUGAUGAACUGGAGUUUAGUCAAAACUACUUGUUCUUCUGGGAUAAGUUGGAGCGUUGUAACUAUAACCUUGACUCCUACAUUGAGUGUGCUCGCCGGGGCGAGACGUUUGAGGGGAGGCUGGUCAGUCACCUUCUCACCUCCCCCUCGGAGGAUGGGGGUCAGUGGGAUAUGCUGGUAAACUUGGUCGAGAAGUAUGGAGUGAUCCCCAAAGUCUGUUUUAAGGACGCCCAGAGUGCUGCAGAGUCCCGGAUUCUGUGUGGCAUCAUCAACAACAAGAUGAGGGAGUUCUGCAAGAGACUUCAGACAAUGGUUUUUGAAAAGGCAUCAGAUGAAGAGAUCCAAAAGGAAAAAUCUUCAAUGUUGCAGCAGAUUUAUACAACUCUUUCCAUUUGCUUGGGAACACCCCCUAAAACUAUUACUUGGGAGUAUUAUGACAAAUCCAAAAAAUACCAGAAAAUUGGACCAAUUACCCCCCUUGAGUUCUACACCACAAAAAUCAAACCAAUUUUUAAUAUGCAAGACAAGUUGUGCAUUGUGAAUGAUCCACGAGCAAAGAACCCGUACAACAAGCUGUACACAGUGGAAUACCUGAACAACAUGACCGGGGGUCGGCCGGUGCUCUACGUCAACCAACCAAUCGGGGUGUUAAAGGAGCUUACCAUGAAGUCCAUAGCUGAUGGAGAGGCAGUUUGGUUUGGAUGUGAUGUAGGAAAGUACAAUAGCAUUAAACCUGAUGGAAUCCUUGAUCUCAAAGCUUUGGAUUACAAUCUGGUGUUUGGAUUCUCAGCCCUUGGAUUGGAUAAGGAGGGAAGGCUGAACUAUGGGGAAUCAUUGAUGACCCAUGCUAUGUUGAUUACUGCAUUCCAUAAAGAAAAUGGUGAAUCUACAAAAUGGAGAAUAGAGAAUUCGUGGGGUGAUUCCGAUGGAGACAAAGGUUAUCUGAUCAUGUCCGACGACUGGUUUUCAGAAUUUGUGUAUGAGGUUGUCAUUGAUAAGAAGUUUCUUACAGAGGAAAUUCUGGCUGUCACCAAACAGACUCCAGUAGUUUUACCGGCCUGGGAUCCCAUGGGAGCAUUAGCCAAGCUCUGAGUGGUAGCUAGUGAUUGAACUCUGGUGACAUGUUUCUUACCGAGCUGAAGGGACAUAGUUUCUUACAAACUGUAGGGACAUGUUUUCACCAAAAGAAUAACAUUAUAUCUAUAAAAAUCAGUAUUCUCUGCAAUAUUUGUUGAAUUACUGUCGAUAUACAAUUAUGUGUUGUCUUUGAUUUCCUUUUAAUUUCUUAUUUACAACCGUAAGAGGAACAAUAUCAUAAGAUUCUUUUAGUACCAUAUUUUACCAGUAUAUCAAAAAAUAUUUACAAGUUAUUUUUAUAUUUGAUUUACAUAUAAUUUUCUCAAAGAAAUUGAAUAAAGAAUGUGUACAUCGAUCUGGGACUGUAGUAUUAUAUUUACAUGUAUUCAUGCAGGGCCACAUAUACUUACAUGUUAUAUAUGAACCUGACUUUUCAAUAUGUACAGCUAGAUAUCGCCCAAGAUUGAGGUUGAUUGGUCUUUGCGAAAUGAAUGCAAAAAUUGUCUUUUGAUAAAGAAUUAUGUAUACUUUGUAAUACUGAUAGAUUUUUUUUCAAUCAUUAAUUUUUUUCAAUUUUACAAAUACAUGUAUGUUUAAAAGUAUACGUAUAUUUGAUUGAGAUUAAAAUGGAAAAUUUAUAA